AUGGGUUCCAUCACCAACCUCGACAAAGACAACAUCAUCAUAGCGACGAUAGGGGAACUCACCGAAGAGGAGCACAAGUCUUACCUAGUUGCCGAGGAGCACUUCAAGGUGCAGUUCUUGAAGGGCUUCGUCAAGAGGGUUGAAGAAUUCGUCAUGCCAUCCUUCAAGCUGAGUAAUAAUCAGAUUGAAGAGAUCCCCAAUAAUGCUCCAGAGGAUGCUGAAGGUCCCAUCAAGGUGACGAUGCAUGAUUUGGUUUAUGAUCUUGCAACGAUAAUACUUGGCCAACACUGUUCUAAGCUGCAAUCAUUGCCCGAGUCAUUUGGUGGUAUGUCAAAGUUGAAGCGCCUUGAUUUGUCAUAUUGUAUAAGGCUUGAAAAUCUGCCAUCGUCAUUUCGUAGCUUGAAGCUUCAAGUACUGUACAUGUUGAAUCUCCAUGAGUUGCCAGAGGGUAUUAGCAACAUGUCUAGUCUCAUCAAGUUUGAAGUCCACACAGUAAAGGGGUGGGAUAUAGACUUCUUUGGAACUCCUUCCAUUUUGAGGCUGCCUUACAGGGUAGUAGAACAUAGUGUACAUGAAGUGCACGAGGUGGGUUAUUGGCCACAUAGCAGUAUAGUGAGCAUUGGGAAAUUGGCUUGUCAACACCUACGGAUUAAUCACCUUGAGAAAGUCAAGCAUUCGGAAGAUGCGGAGAGAGCUAAACUGAGAGAUAAUGCUGACCUCCAGAAGCUAUGCCUUUCCUGGGGCCAUGAAGAUAUGACAGAGAACAAGAGUGAUGCAGAGGUGUUGGAGAACCUUAUUCCUCCUCGGACUCUAGAAGGAUUCACACUAAGAGGUUACAUGGGCACAAACUUGCCUAAAUGGAUGCUUGAGAUCUCCUCCUAUCUUCCAUAUCUCACCAGUAUCAAACUCAUGAAUUUAGCAUGUGAUGCUGUUCCUCAACUUGGGAUGCUGCCCAAUCUCAGGCUGUUGCUUAUCAUCCUAAUUCCCAACAUCACGAAGAUCAGAAAGGAAUUCUAUGGAGAGAAAGGAGCAUGCAAAAGGUUGCGAGUUAUUCAAUUAUACGGAUUGAAGAACAUGGAGGAGUGCUGGACAACACGGUCAGGUGAAGAAGGUGAUGAUUUCUUAAUCCCUAAUUUGCACAUGUUGGAUAUAUGGGACUGCCCAAAGUUGAAGUUCCUGUCGUAUCUCCCCAAAAGUAUGUAUUGGGACUUGACCUACGGCGAUGAGGUGCUACCACCAAUGCAUGAGUUUGGGAGGCUUUCAUCUUCCACUCUUCCUUUUGAAGCCAAAAUCAGAAGCAAAAGUUUUACUUCUGACAAGUGGGAUCAACUUCAGCACCUUGCCACCCUCGAGGAAUUGAGUGUCACUGGUUUCCACAGCUCAUUAGCCUCCUUCCCAGAGGCCACUCCAUGUUUCCCCUCUCUCAGAAGACUACAUUUGAUGCUACUCAGCUUGGAGAUACUGCCGGAAAGGCUGGGGCAGCUCAUUACCCUUGAAAAAAUAAUCAUCAGGGGCUCGCCCAACCUGACAUCUUUGCCUCAAAGCAUACGGAACCUUACCGCCUUGAAGAGACUGGAAAUUGGGAGCUGA